UAGAGAUUUCACAAAUCUUUUCCUCCUUUCGUUUUCUGGGGUUGGAAGGGGGAAGAACAAAGUCACACCUGUGUUACUCAUUAUUCAUCCUUCACAAAGUAACCCCACUUCAUUGCAUAUAUCGCCUACAAUAUUCUCCAAAUAUAUUUUCAAAAUCUCUUCUUCUCCAAAGCAUUAAUUUUUUAAAUCCCCUUUUCUUGUUCUAUUUAUUCCCUUCUAGAAAAUCGAAUCUUUAGUCAUUAAUCUCACAACCCCCACUUGUCAAGAAUGGGUAAAAAUCGAUUCUUUUCCUUAUUUGACACUCCCCAAAUUGUGUGCUGACAUGAAAUAUUAGGAUUUGCUUAAUUUUUUUCAUUAAAAGGUAGAAAGAAAAAAGGUUUUUUUUUUUUUUUUUUUUUGAGUGAUGGGUAGAAGGGAAAUGCAAGUGUUGGAGUGUAAAAGAGAUGGGAAUUUGUGUAAUUCUCAGUUGGGGUUUCAAUGGAGUCUCCAAGAUUCAAACUUUGUUCCUGUUGGUGGUUUAUUUGCAUCAGUUGGUCAGAUGGGAAGUAUGGGUUUUGGUGUUUCAUCACCUAAUAAUUCGAAUUCCCGGGACGAAAAUGGUGGAUUUAAGUUACCUUAUUUUGAUUUGUAUAUGAAGUAUUUGUCAUUCCCUGAGAUUGUAGGCAAUGGAGAAGAGGAAGAGGGGGUUGUGAAGAAGAAGAAGAAAGGUGGGCUUAAGAUUAAGUUUAAGGUGGCAAAUCCUUCAUUAAGGAGAUUAAUUAGUGGUGCAAUUGCCGGGGCGAUAUCUAGGACAGCUGUAGCUCCAUUGGAGACAAUUAGGACACAUUUGAUGGUUGGAAGUAGUGGGCAUUCUUCUACUGAGGUGUUCAAUAAUAUUAUGAAUACCGAAGGAUGGACUGGAUUGUUUAGGGGUAACUUGGUUAAUGUGAUCCGAGUUGCGCCUAGCAAAGCUGUAGAGCUUUUUGCUUAUGAUACUGUUAACAAGAACUUGUCACCUAAACCCGGAGAGCAACCCAAAAUUCCAAUUCCUGCUUCAUUAGUUGCAGGAGCCUGUGCCGGAGUCAGCUCUACUUUACUGACAUAUCCUCUCGAGCUAGUCAAGACUCGAUUGACGAUUCAGAGAGAAGUUUACGAUGGUUUACUCGAUGCAUUCGUAAAAAUAUUGAAAGAGGGUGGGCCUGGUGAGCUCUAUAGAGGUCUCACCCCUAGUCUUAUUGGAGUCAUUCCCUAUGCCGCCACAAACUACUUUGCGUAUGAUACACUGCGGAAAGCUUACAGAAAGAUUUUCAAAGAAGAAAAGAUCGGAAACAUAGAGACACUUCUGAUUGGAUCAGCAGCAGGUGCUAUAUCUAGCAGUGCAACGUUUCCUUUAGAGGUGGCUCGUAAGCAUAUGCAGGUGGGCGCUGUUAGCGGAAGAGUAGUUUACAAGAAUGUAAUUCAUGCUCUUGCCAGUAUACUUGAAAAGGAGGGUAUUCAGGGGUUGUAUAAAGGCCUUGGUCCGAGCUGCAUGAAGUUAGUUCCUGCAGCAGGAAUAUCUUUCAUGUGUUAUGAAGCAUGCAAGAGGAUAUUGAUAGAGGCAGAGAAUGAAGAGUAAAAGAAGCUCCUUUGAAAAUAUGCUUGCGCGAUAGGGUCAUAGAGCAAUUCAAGAAUAGGCAAAAGGUAGGGGACAUCUUCUUUAUACAAUUGAGUUGAUUUAUCUUACUCCUUUUUUUCGGGAUGCUCGGAAUUUUGUUUUGGAUUGAGCCUGGUUUGUCAGGUAAGAAUUGAUAAAAUCUCAACAGUGGGUACUUGUUUUGGUAUCACUUUUUUCCAUUAUUGAGUCAAGGUAAUGAAAUGCAGUUUGACGAUAA